GUCCCUCACCUGCCGGUGCCGCGGGGCGAACAAUUCGGUGGUGCAUGGCUCCGUCUCGGGGCAGACGGCAACCUCACCUCAUCCCCCAGCGGCGGGGCAGCGGUCACCGGCUGCCAUGGGCGCUUCCGGCGCGCUGCAUUGUGGGGCCGUGACGAGGCUGGGAGCGGGACGUGUCUGCGCAUGCGCGGGCCCCACCGCUCCGAGCUCCGUUGUGAUGUUGGGAACAACAGAAAUGACUAACCAAGAAGAAGCGGAGAUGCAGAUUUCAGAGUUAGAUUUACUGUCUAGCAUGUUUCCUUAUGAGGAGGAGUUUGCUGUGACAGACCAGCUGGCUCUAGCUGAACUGAAACACUAUGCUGAAAAUGAGUCUGCAGAGGUGCCGUCUUCGAAGGUUCAGUUUGUACUGAAUGUAAAAGCUGAGGUCCCUAAUGCCUCUGUGGUGGAAUUCUCUAUGGCCUGUGCUUUGCCAUUUAAAUAUCCAACUGUUCUACCAGAAAUCACUGUGAGGUCGUCGUUACUAAGCCGCUCUCAGCAGAUUCACCUGAACUCUGAUCUAAAAACAUAUUUGAUGCAAAACUGCAGUGGCGAGCCCUGCAUGUUGAGUGCAAGGCAAUGGGUUAAAGACUAUGCAGCUGCUUACAUUGACAAAGAGCUUUCAUCUUCCUCAAUGAUGACUGCAAGUGCCAUGCAGGCAGAAAUCACUACAUUCACUCGAUUGUGGAUCUAUAGUCAUCACAUUUACAACAAGCAAAAAAGGAAGAAUAUCAUUGACUGGGCUAAGGAGCUCUCUCUUUCAGGGUUUUGCAUGCCAGGGAAACCAGGUGUUGUUUGUGUAGAAGGUUUACAAAGUAAUUGUGAAGAGUUCUGGUCAAGAGUAAGAAGACUGACGUGGAAAAGAAUUCUCAUUCGGCACAGAGAAGAUGUUUCUUUGGAAGGUGGAGGACAUGCUGAGAUUCAGAACCAACGGAAGUUUUCCACUUUGGAAGAAAAAUGUUUUGAUGCACAUGGUGCCAGGGGAAAUCAUAUGGAUUUGGGGCAACUCUAUCAUUUUUUAGAAGAAAAAGGAUGUGCUGACAUUUUUCAAAUGUACUUUGGGGUUGAAGGGCAUUGAAGGGUUUGAAGAUCAGCACAGGCCCCAGCACUUACGAUUGGAAUUUAAUCCUCAUAACAGAUUCCUUAGCUGUUCUGCAACAGUUGAUCAGAGAGGGAAUUAAUAAUUCAUGGUUUAUGUGAUGAAUACAGUUUUCAGUGAGAACAAAUAUCCAGUGAAAUCCCGAAAAAUGAAAAUGACUACGCGAAUACUUUAUUACUUCAUUUACUUUCUGAUUUUAAGGAGAUUUAGG